CAUCUGACGUGUGAUACAACAGUCUCCACCGUAACAACCAUACUCCCAACCGCACUCUACACGCCCCAAUCUUAUCCUCUGUACCUCACACCCACCAUUAUAUAAACACCGCCUCGUUACACUAAACCCCUCUCCUCUCCUCACUCUCUUAUCUCCUUUGUUUUCUUUUCUCUUCUCUCCGGCCGGCGAGAUUAGCCACAAUGGCAUUGCCCAUGCUCUCAGAUCUGGCAACGGAGAUCGUGAUUCCGACCUGCGCAGUGAUCGGAAUCAUCUUCUCACUUGUCCAGUGGGUUAUAGUUUCUCAGGUCAAGCUCUCGCCGGAGAAAAACUCGGCGCCGAAAAAUAACAAGAAUGGCUAUAACGAUUUCUUGAUUGAAGAAGAAGAGGGCAUUAAUGACCACAACGUCGUUGCUAAAUGUGCUGAAAUUCAAAGCGCUAUCUCCGAAGGUGCAACAUCCUUUUUGUACACUGAAUAUCAGUAUGUUAGUAUUUUCAUGGUUGCUUUUGCAAUUCUCAUUUUUCUCUUUCUGGGGUCUGUUGAGGGCUUCAGCACAAAGAGCCAGGCAUGCACUUACGACAAAUCUAAGACGUGCAAGCCAGCACUCGCCACUGCUGUCUUUAGCACCAUAUCAUUUCUGCUUGGUGCUAUCACAUCUAUCGUGUCUGGUUUUCUUGGAAUGAAAAUUGCGACAUAUGCGAAUGCAAGGACCACUCUGGAAGCAAGGAAAGGUGUUGGUAAAGCUUUUAUCACUGCAUUCAGGUCUGGUGCAGUUAUGGGUUUCCUUCUGGCUGCCAAUGGUCUUUUAGUUCUAUAUAUUAUCAUCAAUCUCUUUAAGUUGUAUUACGGUGAUGACUGGGAAGGCCUUUUUGAAGCAAUUACUGGAUACGGGCUUGGUGGGUCUUCUAUGGCCCUAUUUGGAAGAGUUGGUGGCGGUAUAUAUACCAAGGCUGCUGAUGUUGGUGCCGACCUUGUUGGAAAAGUUGAAAGGAAUAUUCCAGAAGAUGACCCAAGAAACCCAGCUGUUAUUGCAGACAAUGUUGGAGAUAAUGUCGGUGAUAUUGCAGGAAUGGGAUCUGAUCUUUUUGGCUCAUAUGCCGAGUCAUCUUGUGCUGCCCUUGUCGUUGCUUCAAUCUCCUCUUUUGGCAUCAAUCACGAGUUCACUGCAAUGUGUUAUCCCUUACUCAUUAGUUCCAUGGGAAUCCUUGUUUGCUUGAUAACUACCCUUUUUGCUACUGAUUUUUUCGAAAUCAAAGAAGUCAAUGAAAUUGAGCCAGCCCUGAAGAAGCAGCUUAUCAUCUCCACUGUUCUCAUGACUGUUGGAGUUGCAAUUGUUAGCUGGAUUGCACUACCAUCAUCCUUCACCAUUUUCAACUUUGGUACUCAGAAAGUAGUAACUAACUGGCAAUUGUUUUUGUGCGUUUGUGUUGGUCUCUGGGCAGGGCUUAUUAUUGGCUUUGUCACCGAGUACUACACAAGCAAUGCUUACAGCCCCGUGCAAGAUGUUGCUGAUUCCUGCCGGACUGGAGCUGCAACAAAUGUUAUUUUUGGCCUUGCACUAGGAUACAAAUCUGUCAUUAUUCCCAUUUUUGCCAUUGCAGUCAGUAUUUUUGUUAGUUUUAGCUUUGCUGCCAUGUAUGGGAUUGCCGUUGCUGCACUUGGUAUGCUGAGCACCAUUGCCACUGGACUGGCUAUUGAUGCAUAUGGUCCUAUCAGUGACAAUGCUGGAGGCAUUGCUGAGAUGGCAGGCAUGAGUCACAGGAUACGUGAAAGGACUGAUGCCCUUGAUGCAGCUGGAAACACCACUGCUGCCAUUGGAAAGGGAUUUGCCAUUGGAUCUGCUGCUCUUGUUUCAUUAGCGCUUUUUGGUGCCUAUGUAAGUCGUGCAUCAAUCACUGUAGUUGAUGUAUUGACCCCAAAGGUCUUCAUAGGCUUGCUGGUUGGUGCCAUGCUUCCUUACUGGUUCUCUGCUAUGACCAUGAAGAGUGUGGGUAGUGCCGCUUUAAAGAUGGUUGAGGAGGUCCGCAGACAAUUUAACACCAUUCCUGGCCUCAUGGAAGGCACUGCCAAGCCUGAUUAUGCAACCUGUGUUAAGAUUUCAACUGAUGCAUCUCUAAAGGAGAUGAUCCCCCCUGGUGCUCUUGUGAUGCUUACACCACUCAUUGUUGGAAUCUUAUUUGGAGUGGAGACCCUGUCUGGUGUUCUUGCUGGUUCUCUUGUUUCUGGUGUCCAGAUAGCAAUAUCUGCAUCCAACACUGGUGGUGCCUGGGACAAUGCAAAGAAAUAUAUCGAGGCUGGGGCCUCUGAACAUGCCAGAUCUCUUGGACCAAAGGGUUCUGAUCCACACAAAGCUGCUGUAAUUGGUGACACCAUUGGAGACCCCCUAAAGGACACUUCUGGCCCAUCACUCAAUAUCCUUAUCAAGCUUAUGGCAGUUGAGUCCCUUGUAUUUGCCCCCUUCUUUGCUACUCAUGGUGGCGUGCUUUUUAAGAUCUUUUAAAGAAAGAUAAACAAACGGAACACAACAUGGAAGGGAGGAUCACACAUGACCUUUUCACCCUGUAGUAGUUAUUUUUCUUUCAUAGUCCUCUCCGCAUCUUUUCAGAAACUGUUCUCUUCCCAAAAAUGUUUUGAGUUAGUACGUGGUCAGCAAGUAUUAUUUUUGAUAAUGAUGACAACGACGGCAAGUAAUGAUGAUACAAUCCAUCAAACUAGCAAGGUUAGAAUUGAGAACAUGUGUACUAGUUUUCUUUUUAGCUAGCUUUUAGAACAUCUAGUAUCAAGUAUCCUUGUGGAAGAGAAUUAGACAUUUGGUUCAUUAUAUCAUUUAUUUUCUUAUU